AUGCUACUGAAAAUUCUUGUUGUGUUUGGUAUAUUUUGCACCAUUGUCAAUGCAUUUUAUUUACCAGGAGUUGCCCCUACAGAUUACAAGAAGGGGGAUCCAGUUCCGUUAUUAGUCAAUCAUUUGACUCCAUCGUUGAACCAUGUUUCAAACAAAGUAAAGGUAAACUCAGCCACUUAUGUUUAUUCAUACGACUACUACUAUCCAAAGUUUCAUUUUUGCCUUCCAAAAAAUGGGGCAAGUCAACAACUGGAAUCAUUAGGAUCGAUUCUUUUUGGUGAUCGUAUCUUUAAUUCUCCCUUUGAAAUUAACAUGUUGGAUAAUGUCAAGUGUAAAAAACUUUGUGCUCCUGUAACUUAUCCGAAAACUGAUUCGGUAUUUGUUAACAGAAACAUUCGCGCUGGAUAUAAUCACAAUUGGCUUGUGGAUGGACUUCCAGUGGCAAGUAUAGUAAAAGAUCUUCGUACAGGUACCGAGUUUUAUGGUUCCGGGUUUCAUAUCGGUGAAGUUGACACAGACCAGCGUGCAGUGUUGUACAACCAUUUUGAUAUUACUAUCGAAGUUCACAAGCGAGGAAAAGACAUUUACAGGGUCGUGGGUGUAACCGCAGAUGCACUGUCAAUGGACAGAUCAGGGUUGCUGGCAGAUGCUUCUCCUGAAGAAUUUUGUGAUUCCAAUACUUUGAAACCAGUACAUUUGGACAAAGAUAAGGAUACAGAGGUUCAAUUCACAUACUCUGUGAACUUUCAAGAAAGUGAUAUUGCUUGGGCAACAAGAUGGGACAAAUACCUUCACGUUUACGAUCCAAAGAUCCAGUGGUUUUCUUUGAUAAACUUUUCACUUGUUGUGUUGAUACUAGGAGUAGUUAUUGCCCAUAUUUUGAUACGGACUUUGAAAAAUGAUAUUGUUAAAUACAAUGAGGUUAACUUAGAUGACGAUUUGGCCGACGAGAGUGGGUGGAAGUUGAUUCAUGGUGAUGUUUUCAGACCCCCAGUACAAAGAUUGCUCUUGUCAGUUUUGGUUGGUAGUGGAGCCCAGAUCUUCUUUAUGGCUUUUGUAACAAUUAUCUUUGCCUUGUUUGGCUUGUUGUCUCCUUCCAAUAGGGGUGCCUUAUCCACAUUCAUGUUGAUUGUUUAUCUUUCAAGUAGCACUGUGUCAUCCUUCGUUUCUGGGUACUUGUAUAGAUUCCUUGGAGGCGACAAUUGGAAGUUAAACAUGCUACUUACCCCGGUACUUGUUCCAGGUACCUUGUUUGGUAUCUUUGUGUUGUUGAACUUCUUUUUGAUAUCCGCUGAAUCAUCAGGAGCAGUACCCAUUGGAACAAUGAUUGCUUUGAUAUUGAUUUGGUUUGCUGUUUCAAUUCCCUUAUCUAUUGUUGGUUCGAUUGUAUCAUCAAAAAGACCCUUACUUGAUGUCCCCGUUAGAACUAAUCAAAUCCCAAGACAAGUGCCUAAACAGCCAUGGUACUUGAGGCUGAUCCCAGUCAUGUUCAUCAGUGGUAUUUUCCCAUUCGGUUCAAUUGCAGUUGAAAUGUAUUUUAUCUAUUCAUCAUUAUGGUUCAAUAAAAUUUUUUACAUGUUUGGAUUUUUGUUCUUUUGUUUUUUGCUCAUGAUUUUAACAACAAGCUUAAUCACCGUUUUAAUGAUUUACUAUACCUUGUGCUCGGAGAAUUACAAAUGGCAAUGGAAAUCAAUUUUCGUUGGAGGCGGCUGUGCUAUUUAUGUUUUCAUUCACUCAUUAUUUUUAGUUGGUGGUGAAAGAUUGGGAGGCUUCACCUCAUUGGUGUUGUACACGGGUUACUCGAUAGUAAUCUCGCUUCUUGUAUUCCUUUGCUGUGCAAGUGUUGGAUUUAUCAGCAGCUUGUUUUUCGUUAGAAAGAUAUAUGGUCAAAUCAAGAUUGAUUAA